AUUAAAGUCACAUAACGAGCCGUUGGUGCAGCACUGCCGCCCUCUAAUGGCGGAGGAAGAUAACUGUCAGGUUUAUUCGUCCUCAGGAGGAUGAUGAGCCCUGUGGCAAGUGACAACGGGCAGGCAGAGCGCGCUCAGUACCCACGAGAACCUGCUGAAGGCCGCUGGAGUCGUGCGUUGUAAAUUAUGUACAUAAGUUACCGAUAUUAUUCGGACACACAUGAAUGGCCAGUCGCACAACUUGGAGCCGACAAACCGAGCAGCGAGUGGGGGAAUCUGUAAACCAACCGAAAGCAUCGUCUGAACUGGAACACGUACACCAAGUGCUCGCUGGCUGUCUCUCACGCAGACCGAGGCUCGACGACUCCGCUGGGGAUUUUCAAGCCGUCAAUACCGCAGCAAGCGCAUAAAAUGUAAAGAGAAAAACAAAACGGACCCGCGAAUUUUUCUAAAGCUUUUUCUUUUGUAAAUUUAAUUUUUUCAGUGGGUUUCAAAUAAUUUUUUAGGCGAAAAGCCCAGUGUAAAUCUCGUGUAAUAACGUUUGUAAAUAGCUAUAGGAAUAUUAAAACCAGACAUCAGUGAGUUUGCUAGCUAUCGGGGCUGAGCAGCUUGUUUUUGUUUUGUAAAGAUAUCGCUGGACCGACGAGAUACGAUGUUACAUUUGGGGUUUACUUGAAGAUAUUCACACAGCAGUUCGAAAGAAAAAGACUGCAGCUUUCCCAACAGACUUGAAAAGACUCCCGGUUUAGUGUGUGUUUAUAAGAGCUGGAAGACGUGUGGUUUACUUUGAUUAGUGAUGUACCUAAGUGGGUUCUGAAGAAAACGUAGGAGAUGGUGAGAAGGAAAGUGAGGACAGAAACUAUUCUCCAACAGCUGUGGUCUCACCCUCUUGUGCCCUUGUAAAGCAUCAAAGAAACGUAGGCAGAGAGAACAGGAAAGUAGGAGAGGGUUACCGAUUUGACCAAAGACGGCCUUCAGUCACCUGCAGCACUGGAAGAAAAGUCUGGUGGACUAGAAAGAGUUAGUGAGUGACCACAGAAAGAGAGAGAGACGGGGACUGACGGAGGAGCAAAGGUUUGGAGGAGGAGGAGGAGGUCUAGGAGGAGUGGGAAAGGCCAUUCCCCAUGGCUACUGACCCAGGAGAGCCCACAGGCACCGAGGACUCCUCGGAGAAACCUGAUGGACAGAGGGAGGAGGACACGGAGCGGGAGGGCAGGGCCGACACACAGAGGGAGAGGACGCACAGCACCCCCUCAGACUUCCCCUCCUCCCAGACUCAGGAGAGGCAAGCAACAGGAGGAGAGGAUGGAGGAAUGCAAGGAGGAGGAGGAGGAGGAGGAGAAGCCAGCCAGGAGGGUUCGGAGACCCCAGCCAGACCCAUUUCCCUCUCCACACCCACUUUUCCAGUCGAAACUGGCCAGAAACGUCUGAGGAGGGAGAAGCGCUUCUUCAGGAAGAGUGUGGAGAUUUGUGAGGAGGACGAUGAGGUGGAGGUGGCCCCGGAGGCGCCACACAGUGCACCCCACCUGGAGCUGCGCUCCUUUGACUCAGUCUUCACCAGCAGUGCCCAGCAGCAAGGGGCUGCUUCAUCGUGUGCUGCCCUGGGCCAUGACCCAUCCUGCCCCAGCUCCAGCCAGGAUCCUGGCAAGGAUGCUCCUUCCUCCACACCCACCCAAAGGGGGAAGGAGAGGGACCGCGAGCAGGAGGAGGAGGCGGAGAUGAAGGCUGUGGCUACCUCUCCUGGAGGCAGGUUCCUCAAGUUUGACAUUGAACUGGGCAGAGGAGCCUUCAAGACUGUGUAUAAAGGCCUGGACACAGAGACUUGGGUGGAGGUGGCUUGGUGUGAACUUCAGGACCGCAAGUUGACCAAGGCAGAGCAGCAACGCUUCAAGGAGGAGGCAGAGAUGCUGAAGGGACUCCAGCACCCCAACAUCGUCCGCUUCUAUGAUUCCUGGGAGUCGGUGCUCCGUGGCAAGAAGUGCAUUGUACUGGUCACUGAACUAAUGACCUCAGGAACACUCAAAACUUACCUGAAGCGCUUUAAGGUGAUGAAACCCAAGGUCCUGAGGAGCUGGUGUAGGCAAAUCCUGAAGGGCCUUCACUUCCUUCACACCAGGACUCCUCCAAUAGUCCACCGGGACCUCAAAUGUGAUAACAUCUUCAUAACAGGCCCCACGGGAUCUGUCAAGAUAGGUGAUCUGGGCCUGGCCACUCUUAUGAGGACCUCCUUUGCCAAGAGUGUCAUAGGAACCCCGGAGUUCAUGGCUCCUGAGAUGUAUGAAGAGCAUUAUGAUGAGUCUGUGGAUGUCUACGCCUUUGGGAUGUGUAUGCUGGAGAUGGCUACUUCAGAAUACCCCUACUCUGAGUGCCAAAAUGCUGCUCAGAUCUAUCGCAAAGUCACAAGUGGUAUAAAACCAGCAAGCUUUGAUAAAGUGAAUGACCCAGAGAUCAAAGAAAUCAUUGAAGGCUGCAUUCGUCAGAACAAGAGCCAGAGACUCUCCAUCCGAGACCUCCUGAACCACGCAUUCUUUGGGGAGGACACAGGGGUCCGAGUGGAGCUUGCAGAGGAAGACACGGGCACCCAGGACUGUCUGGCUCUACGGAUUUGGGUUGAAGAGCCCAAAAAGCUGAAGGGGAAACACAAAGAUAACGAGGCUAUCGAGUUCAGCUAUGACCUGGAGAAUGAUAGUGCUGAGGAAGUGGCUCUAGAGAUGGUGAAGUCGGGCUUCUUCCAUGAGAGUGAUGCCAAGGUGGUGGGGAAAUCCAUCCGGGACAGAGUAAAUCAGAUCAAAAAGUCACGGGAGCGCCGACAGCAGCAGCUGCUCCAACAGCAGCAGGGCUUUGAAGAAAGAAGAGACUCCACUCUCACCUCCUACACCUUUCCCCAUCCAUCCUGCCCGUCCUCACUGGGGCCAGGAGCACCUGGACAGACAGGAGGAGGAGGAGGAGGAGGAGGGGGAGGAGGAGGGGGAGGAGGAGGAGGAGGAGGAGGAGGAGGGCAGGAAUCUGAGGAGCUACCUGAAGUGGACCAGCAUGUCAGGCAGCAACAUAUUCUCAGUGGGACAACCCUCAGUCUGCCAGAAGGUGAGAGCAUUGGGUCUGUCAGCUGUGAGUCUUAUGCGAGUGGACAGAGUCAGGCGUACUCUCAGCAAGGGGAAUCAUACAGCCACUCCCAGACUACUCUCCCCCCUACUGCAUCUAGCACUGGUGUAAUCGCUCAUCCUCAAAUGCUCCCCAUUGGUGAGAGUGGAAGUGUUCCAAAUGUGCCUAUUGGUCAGAGCAUUAGUAUGUCCAGCAUGUCCGUAGGUCAAAGUGGAGGGGCGCCUGUUGGUCAGACAUUUCUUCAACCCACUACCAUGGUUCCACAGGUAUCACCAAGUGUACCUCAACAAUAUUUUCAGUCACAAACAUUCCCAUCAGAUGCAUUUCAAACUGCCACUCCCCAUGGAUCAAUAGCCCCCUCACAGUCAUAUAUACCUCCUGUUUCUCCACAAGCACCCAUUAAUGUUCUCACUACAUCCAUGUCAGUCAGUGAUCCUGCUGGACUAGCAGGGACCAUUGUGCCCCUCGCUCAGCAGACCCAACCCCCUGCCACUCCCAUGCAGCUCACUGACAUCAUUCCCCAGGCAGCACCCCAGCAAACACAACCUCUCAUGAUCCCUCAGCAGACUAUUGUUCAACAACAACAGAUCGGGAUGGAUCCCCAGACCUCCACCCUUCAGCAGCAGCCGCAGCAGCAAAUGGAGGCCCAGGCUACUCUGCUUGAACAACAAGUUAGUGCCACUCAGCCACCAAUGGAACAGCAUCAACAGAUCCUCUCAACUAAAGCUGUCCAGAAACAUCAACAUGAGCCUCAGCAGCAGAUCUAUGUACAGCAGCCUGUUCCACCUGUCCAGCCAACUCCUCAGCAGCAAGUGUUACCCCCCCAAACUGGUAUGGAGCAGCGAGCUAUGUCAUUACCACAGCCUGGGGAACAUCCUCAGAUGUAUAAUCAGCAACCAACAGGGGAUCCCCGCGAGCAGACCAUGAUACAACCACAACUACAACAGCAGUUUCAGCAACAGCAAACUUUGUUACAACAGCAGCAGCAAGCUUUACUGCUCGAGCAACAUCAGACGUAUAUCCAGCAACAGCUUGAUCAGCAGCAACAAAAAGUACUGCUUCAACAGCAGCAGCAACAGGCCCAACUUCAACAGCAGCAGCUGGAGCAGCAGCAAGCCCUUAUACACAAGCAACUGUUGGAUCAACAACAGCAACAACUUCUUCAACAGCAAGAGCAGCAGCAGCAAGCUCUUGUGCAGCAAAGGCAACCACAACAAACACUUUUACAACAUCAAUUGGAGCAACAACAGCAGCAGCCCCCUUUACAGCAACCGCAGCAGAACCAAUUAUAUCAACAAAUUGAACAGCCCCAAGGUGGAGUACAAAAAGAACCACUGAAUCAACAGCAACAAGUUUUAUUGCAGCAGCAACCCCAGCAGACUCAACAGCAAAAGGAACAUCAACUGCAGCAGCAAGCCUUACUCCAACAAGUGGAACAACAACAGCAACAAGCACUCUUACAACAGCAUUUGCACCAACAGGCUAUUUUACAGCAGCAGCAGCUACAACAGAAAGCUCAGCUACAGCAAGAGCAACAACAAGUGCAACUCAAGCAGCAGAUGGAGCAGCAGCAGCAGCAAGCUAUGUUGCAACAACAGUUACAACAGCAGCGACAGCAACAGGUCCUGUUACAACAACAACAAGCAGAGAUAUUACAGCAGCAGGUUCUGAUACAACAGCAGAUUCAAGAGCAGCAGCAGCAACAACAAGCAACCAUCAUUCAACUUCAGCAAACUGAGAAACAAGAAGCUGCCGCUAUUCCACAAAGUAACAGUGAGCAGCAAAUUCAACAGAAACCAACUGAUAUGCAGCAUGUGUGUAUCCCUCAACUAAACACCACCCAGUUCACCCCUCAUAACCCUCUCACAGGCCAGCAAGUGAUGGAGCAACAACAGCAAGCAGCAUUGAUCCGGCAGCAGCAAGCCUAUGCUGCUCAGCCUCAGCACCACACCUCUGUAAUGGAACCUCACAUCCCAGUUGGAGCUCCAGCCAGCACUGAAGUGAUUCAGCACCAAACUCAAAUUGUCUCCCAGACCCAGGUCCCCAUGGCCAUUCAGACUGCUCAGAUCCCUGUUCAGACAUCUGGUGUUAUCCCAACUCAAGUCCUUACCCAGCAAGGACAAUGUGAGGCUCUUCCCCAGAACCCAGGCCAGAUCCCAGUCCAGUAUAUAGCCCAGUCCACAGCCCAAGUAGCUCAGGCUAUGAUUGAGGCCCAAGUCACUCCUCCAGCGGCAAUGAUCCAAGGACAGACUCAAGCCAUCCAGACCCAGAAGAUUCCUUUACAGACUAGUUAUCCUGGCCCUGCUACUCCCACACAGAGCCAGGUGACUGCUCAGCCAUUAAUACAAACUCAGCCUCUGCACCCAACAAUUAGUCAGUCCCAACCACCACAUGGCCAGGGCUCAACUGUAGACAUUCAGAUGCUGGGCCAACAAAGCCAAGCUACUAUCCAGCCUCCAGCUGCAAUUGCCUCAAAUCCCAGUCAGAUCCAACAUGAAACUCCAGUUCAUCAAAAUGCUCAAAUGCAAGGGCUCCUGCAGCCCCAGCUCCAGCAACAAACUCAAAGCCAACCACUUAGCCAGGUGCAGGCUCAGGCUGCCGCUGGCCUUUUAACCUCUCAGUAUGUCCCUCAGCCUACCCACCAAGCUAUUCCAUCUUUACAACAGGAUGUAACUCAUAUUACACAACAACAACAACAACAACAGCAGCAGCAGCAGCAGCAGCAGCAGCAACAGCCAGUGCUGCAGUAUCAGCAGAUGAUUAUGUCUCCUGGCUCAGCUAAAACAGCCAGUCUCAGUUCUGUAAUGGACCCUGCAAACUUCGUUGCCACUCCUCAACCUGUGCAGCAGGCCGGACAAGCCAAUAUUCCAGUCCAAACAGGACUACAUCCAGUUGUUCAGCCCCAGCAGCAGCCCUUAGGAAGCACUGCUGACCCUACAGCAAUUCAGAAUAUCUCCCAGCCUGCUAUGCCUCAGUCUGUUGAGCAAUACCAGCAACAGCUACAGAAGCUUACUCAAGCACAGCAACCACUAGCUCCACCACCUUCACAGCAACAGUUGCCUUUACUGACUCAAAUUCCAGCGCAGCCCAUCCCAACUCCCAUCCAGCAACCACUUCCUCUACAGCAGGCUUUGAUACCCGUUGAUGAGAGUCAGCUGCCCCCACAGUAUCAACCUGUGUCACAUCUGGUAACCCAUCCUCCUGCACAGAUAGCCCCCAGUAAUGUGGCUGAGCAUCAGUCCCAGCCCAGGAUCCUGCCCCUCUGUAGUCAUGUAGUGGGAGGCGCGCCACCUUCUCCGCAGCACCAGACAAAGCAGAUGCUGCCAGCACACACACACACACAAACCAGCAUUCAGGCCCAAACACACACCCAGACACAGACACACGUUCAGACCCAGGCUCACUCUCAUACACAGACACACGCUGAGACACCAAUUGCUGAACAGCCUGUUUUGCCCCUUGCUGUCUUUCCUGCACAACAAAUACCCCUCAGCCCCUCUCACACCUCAUGCCCCCCAACAUCACUACCAACCCUAACAUCCCACCAUCUUGCUGCCACCCCUGCUCCAGAGCUGCCUACAUCUCCGCCAGCGGCCCAGGUAACCUUACCAGGGCAGGCCGACUUUAUACCUACCUCCCCUCCGCCUGUCACCACUCUAGAGUCGCUUGAUUCUAAUGCCCCCAAACUGCCCCAAGCCUCGCUACAAGACUGCGACCUUUCCCUGCUGGGCAUUGCUCAGGAUUGUCCAUACCUGUCAAGUACAGAACGUCAUUCUUCGUCAGGGUCUGUGCCAGCGAAUGGAGAAGAAACUUUUCAGCUCUUGGCCAAUGGGAAAUUAGAGAAAUUAAAGACUGCGAGGAGAUCUUCUUGUCAGAGGCCUGAAAAAGUUUCACAUCAGUUUCAACUGAGUAUGCUCCAGGUGUCCGGCAGUGGGGACAAUAUGGUGGAAUGCCAGUUGGAGACCCAUAGCAACAAGAUGGUGACAUUUAAAUUUGACAUUGAAGGGGAUGCACCUGAGGACAUAGCAGAUUACAUGGUGGAGGAGGACUUUGUCCUUGAUGUGGAGAAAGAGAUGUUUGUUGAGGAGCUUAGAGCCAUAGUAAAGAAAGCCCAGGAAAUUCUUCAAACACAUUCACAGACUGGAUCCACAGACCAGUUGCAUGUGAGCACUCCCACUAGCUCUACAAUGGACUCAGUGCCCCAUUCCUCCCCAGUGGGACGCUGGCGUUUCUUCAUCAACCAGACCAUCCGACACAGAGACUCUCUUUCUAGUCAGGGAGCAGCCACGCCACCACCUACUACAGAGACAAGGAUACCCCAGUCCCCAAAAACAGAGAAAGAAAGUGAAGGAUCCCAGAGUCUGGAGUCCUUGACUGGAAUGGCCUCUCCCCCCUGCCCCACCCUCUCUGCCACCUCCCCUCCAGUCUCCACUGUCUCAGCCCCUGCCUCCAUAGCCCCCUCAACCACCACUGCUCCCUCCCCUAACACCACUGCCUCUGAAAGCAUCUCUGCACUAGCCUCUACUCUUGAAGCCUCUGUCCCUGUCACUGCUUCAGGUGGUCUUGAACUGCCAGUCCUCCCCUCAGCUUCUGUUGACCAAAUUCCCAGUGUUCCCUCAUCCAUAGCAUUACCUGUUGCUACAAACCUCCCCACUUUGCCCACUGCUCCUUCUCUUGUGUCUCCCACACCCACCACCAUUAUGCCAGAUGUCAUCACUUCUCCUGGAACCAGUGGUAGCUCCACUGUAGGUCAAAGUGUAGGGGAUGCAGUGAUAACUGCGCCAAGGCCAUGUGCGUCUGCAGUGGACCAGUCUUUAUCCUCUUUUCAUCUCCCUCCUUCUGCUGCUGCAGUGACCUCCCCUGUGGUAAGUCAACUUGGCAUGGAGCAACAGCAGACACUCAGCCAGGUUGGCAUACCAGCCCCACAACAACCACAACCACAACCACAGCCACAGCCACAAGUACAAUCUGCAUUACAGCAGCAGGUUCCACUAGCCCAACAGCAACUACAGGCGAUGCAGCUUGAACAACAGGUACAACAGAUACAGCAGGCAGCACCACAACAACAGCAGCAAUCACAACAUCAAGUGUACCAGGAACAAAUUCAGCUGCAGCAGGAACGAGCACUGCAGCAGUCUCUGCAGCAGUUACAACAGCAACAGUUAAUGCAGAAACAAAUACCACUCCAACCAGAGUUGUUGCAACAGUCUGUACCUCUGCAGCAGUUUCUGCCACCAAUGCCCCUACAGCAGACCCAACAACCCCUUGUUCAACAACAAACACCACAGUACACCCCGCAGUUGUUGCAGCAGCCUCAGUUACACCAGCUACAACAGCAGGUUAUGGCACCCCAAGCUGAUAUAGUGCCCCCACAGCAGGCCCUCACUGAUCACCAGCAGCAGCAACAGUUAAACCUACAGCAGACAAUACACUUACAGCAACAGCAAAUGGUGCAACAGCAGCUACAGCAGCAGCAACAUCAGCUGUUUAUGGGUGCUGUGGCUUUAAAGCCAGAUCAAAGCCAAAUGCUGCCCCUGUCAAUUAGUCAACAGUUUCUUCAACAACAACAACAGGCACAGCUAAAUGUUAGCCCUGUACCCCAACAGCAGAUUCCUCAACAAACCCAAAUCCCUGCUGAGCUGGCACAACAACAUAUACAGUCACAGAAACAGCUGCAACACACUGAGCAGCAACAGGAGGUGCCAAAAGCUAUGGACACACCUCAGAAACAGCAGCAGUUUCCACUGCAGAAACAGUCCUCUUUACAGCAGUCAGAGUCAGAGAUGUCCACAGGGGAGACAAGUGUCACAGAGGACACAGGCAGUUACUCUGCCCCUUUUCAUCCUUCUUCUGACUCUUCUCUGCCGCCUCUCCAUCUGAGCACUGCUGAAACCUCCUUACCCCCUCUCUCCCUCACAAUGACACCAUCCCCUGCUCAGCCUUCCUCUGUGGCUGAGUCAGACAGCGAAGGCCCUCCCAAAAUUGAUUUCGUAGACAACCGCAUAAAGACACUGGAUGAAAAGCUGAGGAACUUGUUGUAUCAGGAGUACAGCAGCGGGGCACCACUAGCAGGGGGAGCUGCCUCUGCCCCCACAUCAGCAUCAGCUGCCUCCACAUCAGCUGGAGGAGAUGAGUCAUCUGAGCCACAGUCGCUCCACCCCUUGUCUUUUCCCCCACCUGCCUCCUCCUCAGAUACUUCCCCCCACUCCUCAUCCUCCACUACCUCCUCCACCACCUCUCGUUCCUCCUCCACCUCCCCUGACCCCGAGAGGGAUGGAGGAGGAGAGGAAGCGCCCAACUCUGCGGAGCUGGGCCCGGUGGAGCAGCAGCCUGGCCCAUCUCUCCCCUCCACCUCCGCCUCCUCCACUCCACCUGCCUCUCUCCUGCUUCCCAAUCAGGAUGAAUCUGCUGGGCCUCAGCGCCCACCUGUACCAGGAGAACCAACCGUUCUUGCUGUACCCCCACAGUCUGACACCAGUACCACUGGAGAAGCAUCGUGGCCCCCCAAUCAGCACCCGAUCCCCCUCCGGCAUGGACAGCAGCAGCACAAUGCAGGAGGUGGAUAUUUUGGCCUAAACCUGACAUGUCCUAGUAUCAGAAAUCCUGUUAGCAAGAAAUCCUGGACUCGCAAAUUCAAAAACUGGGCGUGCAAACUGCGCCACUCCGCCAGCUUGUUCAAGAAGCCCAGAGUCCAGCAAGAUGGACGUUCCAGCAGUCAAGCUCUUAAAGAGGAGAAGGAGGCGCCCCCCGUAAACCCACCUCAGUCACGCAAAGGACGAUUUCAAGUGACUCCAGUGCCCCAGUCCUCGCCCCCAAAGGAUGUGCCAUCAGGCCAUGGUAGCACUCACAGGAAAGUGGGCCGCUUCUCUGUAACCCAGGCUGAGACCAAGAAAGAGGAUAGGCAGACCGACAGCUCCCCGGUGUCUCCUGAUUUGGCUAGGGAAAGGAGGAAAUCUCGGGCAAAGGAGGGAGACAAAGAAGAAAGCAAGAGGACCCCAGCAAUGGCCCACCUGCCUCGAGGUCAUGGGCACAGCCACUCACCCCUGGGCAGCAGCGAUGAUGAUGAUGAUGAGAGUGAGCUGGAGGAUGAAGACCUGAGAAAAGAACUGCACAAGCUCCGAGAGAAGCACAUCAAAGAGGUGGUAUCGCUUCAGGCCCAGCAGAACAGAGAGCUACAGGAGCUGUACAGACAGCUUCGUUCCCUCAAAGACCAAAGGCAGAGUCUGCCUGUUUCCCUGUCACGAACCCCUCCUCUUCCCACGGCACCCCCUGUCCUCUCUCCACGCAGGCCCAGGCCAGCCAAAAUUAAGCUCCGGUCCCGGCCUCACUCUCACAUGGAUAACAACGGAGUUACACACUCUGGGAUUCAGCAGUCUAGUAGUUUCUCAGGUGGUGAACAGAGUAGACUGCCCCUGUACUGCAACCCAGAGCACCGCACCUCACUUUCUGCUAAAAGAGAUCACAGUCCCCUAAGAAAAAGCACAUUCACAGAUGAACUGCACAAACUUGUUGAUAAUUGGACGAAGGAGACGGUGGGCCCCGCCCCGCCCAAGCCUUCACUGAAUCAAAUCAAGCAGAUUCAGCAGGUGCAGGAGUUGGGAGGCUGGAGCCAGUCGACCGAGGUGGCUCCACCAGGUUGGUUUCCAGUGGCACCACUGAACCCCCAGGCACCCCCGACUCCUGCCAGCUUACCUCUGGCAGCCCCUUCCCAUUACACAGGCGGAGGGAGCCUGUCCACCCUACAUUCUCCGGGACCACCGCCGCAAACGCACAUGGCUCAAGUGCCACAGAUGCAGCAAAGUUUACACCUCCAUCAGUCUCUCCCUCUCCAGCAGAUGACCUAUCCGCAGUCCCCACUCCGCCAGCCGCUACCACAGCCCCGGAUGCAAACUCCCGUACAGUCUCAGUCAGUACCACAGACACAAACCAUCGCCCAGCUGCCCCACUCACCACCUCAAAGCCAACCGCUGCUGCCUUCCCAAAUGCCCACAUCCCCAGUGUCCACGGCCGCAUCUCUGCUGCCUGGCAGUGGUACCACUGCACCCGCAGAUAGCAGUGCUGCUACUGGGGGGACAUUUUGCUCCUGCUCCUCAUCUUCUUCGACCUGUUCCUCUUCCUCCUGCUCUACUGCUGCUCUACCUUCCAGUGCCAAAAUUCACCCAACACCCCCCACCUCUACUCUUCCUCUGGGACAGAAAUGAAACCAAGGCAAAGUGUGAGGUCAAUAUGAAGGUGCAAGAGAUGGAAAUACAAGUUGGAGCGAGAUGUAAAGCAGAUCCAUUUGGAGUGUUAGUUCUGUGUGUGCAAGAGAAAGUUGUGACUGCUAUGAAUAUAUGGAUUCCAGUGCACUUCUGUAAUGAGAUGGGGAGUGAAUGUGAGAGAUGAUAGAUUCUAGUAUGUACAGACAGAAGGUAAUAUGGAACACAGCACCUGAGGUUUAUGAAGAAUGGUAUGUUUGGGUGUUGAGAUGUAUAAAUUCUUUAAUGUGUGUGUGCGUGUGUGCGUGUGUGUGUGUGUGUGUGUGUGUGCAUUUAUGAGUGUGGGUGAAUGUUUGUGGGUUAUCCUAGUACAUAUCCCUUAUGUCUUUUGACAAAAAUUAACGUUCAUGUUUUUGUUUUCAAACCAACUCAGUUGGACCUGAACUCUCCCUAAGCAGAGACAAGAAGGACAAAAUAUUUGACAAUGUGUUGACAUUUUUUGUUUUGAUUUGUCAAUGCUUACAGUGAAAGGACUAUCAAUUUUAAAAGUGCAAUUAGUAAUGGUCAUCUAAAUUGAUCAGCAUGUAUUGUAUUGAUUUGUCUGUAAGUCAUAAAAUAUUUUUGUAGGAGCACAUUGAUGAGAACCAGAAGCAUAGAUAGAUAGAUCUUUUCAAGAUCUUUUAAAACUGUCAGCCUACAGCACAAGGCGUUUUAAUGGGAAAUGAAAAAUUUUUUUUUUAAAACAACAGCAUGUUUCACAGUAGAGCACGGUAAAGUUAUCUGGCAACCAUCAAAACCACAAUGCGACCACACUUGCUGUUGAAAUGUAGUGCACCGGUGCAGCAUGUGCUUAGUUUGUAUUACUUUAUGUUCAGCAGUUGUAUGAUAGAAACAGUCUGAAUUACCACAAUUGUCAUGAUAUAAAUUCAGAUAAAUGAAUUACAUGAUGGUGAAUUGAAAUAUGCCAUCUAUGUUCAGUGGAUACCUGGGUACACUCAGCCCAAGACUGCAUGACCUUAAGACUAACUUGACUUGCCAGAGUGCAAACUGCUUGCACUUGCUAUAUAUUUACGAAUCUCACAUUUACUAUUUGCAGCCUAUUGAGAUAAUUCAUCAGUUAUAAGUAAAUUGGCUUUCACAGUAUGACAUGUUUCACGGUAGACAUUUUUGCUUUCAGUUUGUGCACCGCAUAUCACAGUAUAUCAUGGUGUCAUGCUGAGGAGGAAGAUGAAAAAGAAAAAAAAACUGCCAAGUUAUUAUAGACUGGGGAGACCAUAUGGGUUUUUCCCAUAUUGCCUUUUAAAAUUACUGCAUUUUUGAGUGUGUGAGUGUAUAUUUUUUCUGUGUGACAAAGCUUUGUGAUAGUCCCACGGUAUAUUGCAUUAUAAAUUGCAUCCCUGUUUCUUUCAUUCAAAGCGGCCUCUCAAAUGUCACUGUACCCAGCUGAAAAUGUUUACUCUGCCUGUCUUGGGCUUGUUUCCUCAAGAAACAAAACAAGCGAGAGCUUAGACCAUAUACUGGUCGUAGGUUUGAUGUCCCACACUGUUGUGCUAUCUGUAUUUUUUUUUUUUUUUUUUUUUUUUUUUUUUGCCAUUGUACAAAUUCUUUGUUUCAAUUGUGAAUGAUUUAUUUAGUCUUUGACCACAGGCUGUCAGUGUGAAUGCAUCUGUCAUAAGAUGAACUGUGGGCCAUACACGUGUUUUUUGCACACUGCAAAAGGUUUACUUAAGACAAAACUGCUCCAUUCCUCUAUAACUAAAUUAAUUUCACUUGUAAAUGCAGAGAUACACUGUACUAUAUCAGAAGAUAUAUUACAUUAUAUUCGGUUAACAGUGCAUUUAGCCAUACAAACACUUCAAUGAUCAAUGAUCAGGCGUUGAUACAUUUUUGAAACAUUUUUGGCAUAAUAAGUAGCCUGCAGUCAAAGCAGUGUUUCUGUUAUAUUAAUGAUAGAAGAGUUAUGUGCCACAGAAAACAUCAGAUUGUACAGAUUGUUAAAGACUGCUAUAUGUGAGUCAAAGACUUUUAAAACAUGAAGUGUUAAGGAGCAAUAGUUUGUGCUAAAGGGUAUGGUUGUUCACAAACUACAAUUGCAUAAUCUAGGAUAUAACAAUGGUUUUCUGUAUUUGUUGCUUUUCAAGACAACCCACAUUUUCACAGAGAUGUAGUUCAUUAUUAGUGAAGGUGAGAUACUGUGCUGUCAUGUCUGAUACUAACAUGUUGACCGAAAGCUACAGCUUGAUGAUCAUGUUUCAUGAUAUGGAGCUGGCUUUGUCCUUGAAGUGUUACCAAAAUGUUAUCUAAAAGAUAAAGAUUAUUUUUGUAUUUUGAGAUGGGGUUGUACAAAUUGUAAAAUUGUGUUCUCAUCAUUAUAAAUCAGAGGUUAUUUGAAACUAUAAAACACUGGUUUUCAUCCCUGUUUACAUGGGACUCCCCUGCCUUUAUAUACCUCUCUGAGUCCUAACAGACCAGGGUCUUUUAAGAUUAUAUUCAGAGAACUUUUGGUCAUUUUUGACAUCUUAUUUCAGUUUUUAACCACGAUAACCAGGAAGCUACAUAACAGAAUGACAUAAGCCUUCCUGCUGGGAUAGUUAGAUUAGGUCAGAUUCAAUAAACUUUUUUAGGUUUAUCAGAUUCAAUUGAUGCAGAUUCAAUUGAUGCAACAACAAUCUGGGGAGUCCCAAAAUGGCAUGACUGAGAACCAAUGAUAAAAUGACAUUUCAACAGAGAAAUCUAGUAAUAUAAAGUAUGUUGCUGGUGAUUUAGCCUCUGUAAAUUGUAACUAAUUCAACUGUUGAUUUUAUUUAUGUUUUGUAACUAAUCAAAAUAAAUGAUGUUAAACAUCAUAUUAUGA